AUGAUGCGGAGUCUUACCGGUUUCGGGUAUCGGUCGCUGGAGGCAACCAGAUCUUACACCGAAGGCGUUGCAGAAGAAGGCAAAUGCGUAGGCAAAGCAACCAAGCGGCUUGUUGCAACUGAUGCGACUCUUACUCGCAAGGAUAAGCAGGAGGGCGAUAUUUCCUCUGUCUUUUCAACUUUCUCUGGCAGGAAGAGCGCACCACUUCCCGAUCGGUUCCGGGAAUUGAAGAAGAAUUUGACCGUUGGAUACCAACGGAAUCAGAUUAUCCCUCAAUUGAACUUUUCCGAUAUCCAGGCUGGCCAUGUAUCCCCGGCGAAUAUAGAAGCCAUUCGACGCACUGGUGUUGCUGUCGUCAGAGGCGUCGUGCCGAAGGGUGUAACUGAGGACCUGCUGUCUGAUGUUCGUCAAUACUUUGACGGACACUCUUUCAAGGGAUUCCCGUCAGAUGCAGAAAAGAAGGUUAUUUACGAAUCCUAUUGGAGUCCUUCUCAAAUGAAGACGAGGUCACACCCCAAUAUGCUCGCCACGCAGUCGUGGAUGAAUCAACUGUAUCGUGCCGAUCCAGAUCAGAAGAUUGAUCUUUCGGUUCCUCUCACUUACUCUGACCGAGUUCAAAUCCGUCCUCCUGGUGACAGACACUUUGGACUUCCGCCUCAUGUUGAUGGUGGAGGUGUUGAGAGAUGGGAAGACAGCUCUUACAACCAUGUCUACCGCAAGAUCUUCCAGGGAAAGUGGCGCGAGUAUAACCCAUGGGAUCUGACUGGCCGUCUUGAUGCCAAUAUGAACAUGUAUGAAGCACCGGGAGGUUGCUCUGUCUUCCGAGCUUUCCAAAGCUGGCUCGGACUCUCUCGCCACGGGCCCCAAGAAGGCACACUUGUCGUCCAUCCUAUUUUGCAGCCCACCACUGCCUACUGGGUGCUGCGACCCUUCUUCAAACCUACUCGUAAGGGUUCCUUGGAUGGAUGGAAAUUCUCCCUUGAUAAUGAAGAAGGCGAGUUUUAUCUGCAUGGUGCCAACCCAGGAACGGCCCAAGAACAUACCCCUGACCUCCACCCUCAUCUCAACCUCGGCGAGACUAUGAUCCCCUACCCUACUGUUGAGACUGGUGACACCGUCUUCUGGAGCGCCGAUACUAUUCACGGAACCGAGACCGUAAACACAGGAAAGAACGACGCUUGUGUGUUCUAUAUCCCAUCGGUCCCGCUGACCCCCAACAACGCGCAAUACAUCGCUCAGCAGCGUAAUGCUUUCUUGAAGGGUGUUCCCCCACCAGACUUCCCCGGUGGCCUUGGUGAAUCUCAAUUCUCCGACAGGGCACAAGUUGGAGACAUUCAGUCUGAGGCUGGCAGAGUUGCUAUGGGUCUAGACCCUAUCGAACCCAGUGCGAAGAACAACAACUUUGUGAAGGAGAUCAACAACAUUCUGGGCCACUAA